AUGAUGAUGAUGAUGAAUGAAGAUGAUAGCGACAAUGAUGAUGAUGAUGGUGACAGUGAUCAGGAACAAGAUGAUGAAGAUGCUAGUGAUGAUGGUGACCAUGAUGAUGACUAUGAUGAUGAUGAUGAUGAUGAUGAUGAUGAAGAUUAUGAUGAUCACACUGCCUGUCUCAGGCCCCCUCUCUUUCAUGUGGCCGUUAAUGAGGCGGCCACAUAUGCGCCCGCGAGCGGGGCCUCGUUAGGCGGAAGACAGCGCGAGGGAGAGAGCCGAGUGCUAACAUCCUGUCACAGACGAGGGCCGCAGCAGACGGGCGCUCCCCCAGCCCACCCACACCCCCGCUCCCCACCGCCAGCGCCCCCCGCUCCCUGUCCCCUCCUGGCCUCCAGCCUGUCAGGAGACGCACAGAGGAGGCGCGGGCAGGGCAGGGGGGCGCUCAGCUGGGACGGGGGGGGAGCAGGGGGGCCGGGGCCGGGGACAGGCGCGCAGGGCGGGGGCCUUUCACACAGGCCCCUGUGCAGCUGUUACCUCGCGCCCCGCCGCUGA